AUGUUUCCUCGAGCGCGAUCAGUAAGUCGCCUGCGUGGUGCAUCUCCCAGAAGAGAAACUACACCAUCUAUUUAUGAUUAUGGUCCAUCUGAUAAUCUUCUUGUUGGCGGAGGUGGUUUGUCAUCACGGUUGAACGUCUAUUCAUCGGAUUUUUAUGCUCCAACAUCUCGUUCAAGUCGAGCUUUGUCCGUAGCUCGUUUCAAGGAUAUUGAGGAUGAAAUUCUUGGUACUAUUUAUGAACCCUACGAACGAUCUUAUCGAACCCAGUCGUCAAAUCGUUAUAAUAGUUACAAAACAAGUCGACCUCAGCUAACAUCUGGUACACACGAUUUUGAUCGUUACACCGAACGUAUCCGAAACAGAACCCCUAUUGCCUUCGACAGUCAUUAUACACAUUAUCGACCCUAUGAUUGGUAUCGUUCAGCACCACGCACUUCAUAUUACCUUUCCCCGCACGUUUACUUGCAGCCGUAUCGAUCACUUUCUGUUAACCGUUCACCUUCAAUCUAUUCAUCAUUAGGUCGUGAUCUAUCAUUAAACUCUCGUUUCAAUGACUCAAUGGACCGUGUCUCAUCAAUCAAACGUUCUAUGCGUGAUGUAGAUUAUUCACGUGAAUUACGUGAAUUACGUCGUCCAACUCCAUUAACAUAUUCGGCUGUCACACACGGUGACGAUCUAUUGAAUCGCGCUCGAGAAGAUGUCCGACAUGCAGUUGAAUCCCGUGUUGGUGCUAGCGGUGUAUCUGCUAAAUUGAACAAUCCGCGUGACUACUUUGGACGAACGUAUGUUCAAUAUGAAAAAGAUGGAAUCACUGAUGUGGGUGUCAAAUAUACUGGUCUAUCGAGAAGUGUCGAUGCUAAACCAAGCACGUGGAAAGCAGAAGAUGUUAUGGACAUGGCAUAUGAAAUCCAAGCAUUGAACGAUGACACUGUAGAUAAACUCUACGAAAAUCAAUUGAAAAUUCACAAAAAUCGUCAAUGGCUUUUACAAGACAAAGCUGGUGUUGCACCUCGAAUGUAUCAUUUCGAUACGAAUACACGACAAGCCCGCCGUGAUGUGGAUAAUGCAUUGCGUCUUGUCCGAAAUUUGAAACAAUUAAAGAAUGAAACGUUUGCUCGAUUAUCUGAACCAUGGAAAAUUGGCUCAUAUAUGUAA